AGGAUCUGCGCUCUGCUUCCUAGAGAGGCAGGAAGUGGUCAUGCAAAUAGGAGGGAGGGAGACAAUAGGAAGCAAAGAGGCUUGAUUUAUUUCCGAGGAGGAGGAGGAGGAAGAAGAGGCUGAAUCGUGGCGAGGACGCAAGAGCGAGAGAGAGUGUGUUUCUAGGAGUCCAUUUCUGCACUGCUGUAGUUCCUGGGAGGAAACACGCUUUUUGUAGAAUCAUAGAGUUGGAAGGGACCUGUAAGAUCAUCCACUCGAACCCCCAGGGUCUGGUGACCUUUGAGGAAGAGGAGGAGGAGGCAGCAGCUGUGCAUUUCACGGAGGAGGAGUGGAUCUCCUGGAUCCGGGCCAAAGCACUCCGCACAGGGAAGCCAUGGAGGAGAAUUAUGAGAUUGGAGCCUCUUUCAAAUCGGAGCUGAAUUCCUGUUUGGAAGACGGAGAGGAUCUUCUUAUUCAGGUUCCCAAAGAGGAGGAAACCACAGCAGAACGAGACCUCGCUUCCUGUAAGGAAGAAGGAGAAAGUCUGUUUAUCCAGGUCCCCAAAGAAGAGGAGGAGGAGACCUCAGCAGAACCAGACCUCAUUUCCUGUUGGGAAGGAGGAGAAGAUCCGGUGAUGCAGGAACCCAAAGAAGAGGAGGAGAUCUCAGCAGAGCGGGAUGACGUUUGCCCAUCUCCAAUCCUCCGGCACCUCUCCCGUUCUCCAGGAUUUCUCAAAGAUGAUGGCAAGAGGUUCCGAGAGCACAUCCGCAAGUCCCUUCAAUACUCUGGGAUGCAGUUCAUCAGGCCCUGGAGAUUGGAACUCAUUUAGGUUAACUAGGAUACAUUUGGGGGGUCAAGGCUGAGGGAGAACCAUCUGAAGUAUCACUGGAAAAAGCUGAGGAGCAGAUGCAGGAGCAGAGACUGAGGAGUCAAGAUGGAGCAAAGACACAAGAGGAGAGACAGACGCACACAGGGGACAAACCUCAUAUAUGCUUGGAGUGUGGAAAGUGCUUCAGUCGGAGUGGCCACCUUACUUCGCAUCAAAGAUGUCACACAGGAGACAAACCUUAUAAAUGCUUCGAGUGUGGAAAGAGCUUCAGUCGGAGUGACAACCUUACUUCGCAUCAAAGAAGUCACACAGGAGACAAACCUCAUAAAUGCUUGGAGUGUGGAAAGAGCUUCAGUCAGAGUAGCCACCUUACUAGGCAUCAGAGAUGUCACACAGGGGACAAACCUCAUAAAUGCUUCGAGUGUGGAAAGAGCUUCAGUCGGAGUAGCCACCUUACUAGGCAUCAGAGAUGUCACACAGGGGACAAACCUUAUAAAUGCUUCGAGUGUGGAAAGAGCUUCAGUCGGAGUAGUGCCCUUACUUUGCAUCACAGAACUCACACAGGAGACAAACCUUAUACAUGCUUCGAGUGUGCAAAGAGCUUCAGUGACAGUAGCCACCUUACUUCGCAUCAAAGAAGUCACACAGGGGACAAACCUCAUAAAUGCUUGGAGUGUGGAAAGAGCUUCAGUCGGAGUGACACCCUUACUUUGCAUCACAGAACUCACACAGGAGACAAACCUUAUACAUGCUUCGAGUGUGGAAAGAGCUUCAGUGACAGUAGCCACCUUACUUCGCAUCAAAGAAGUCACACAGGAGACAAACCUUACAAAUGUUUGGAGUGUGGAAAGAGCUUCAGUCACUAUAGCACCCUUAGUAAACAUGAAAGAAUUCACACAGGGGACAAACCUUAUCAAUGCUUGGAGUGCGGGAAGAGCUUCAGUCAGAGUGUCCACCUUACUUCGCAUCAAAGAACUCACACAGGGGACAAACCUUAUACAUGCUUGGAGUGCGGGAAGAGCUUCAGUCGGAGUAGCACCCUUACUUCGCAUCAAAGAACUCACACAGGGGACAAACCUUAUACAUGCUUGGAGUGCGGGAAGAGCUUCAGUGACAAGAGCACCCUUAGUAAACAUGAAAGAAUUCACACAGGGGACAAACCUUAUCAAUGCUUGGAGUGCGGGAAGAGCUUCAGUCAGAGUGUCCACCUUUCUUCGCAUCAAAGAACUCACACAGGGGACAAACCUUAUACAUGCUUCGAGUGUGGAAAGAGCUUCAGUCAGAGUUGCAGCCUUACUGUGCAUCACAGAACUCACACAGGUUACAAACCUUAUACAUGCUUGGAGUGCGGAAAGAGCUUCAGUCAGAGUAGCAACCUUUCUUCGCAUCAAAGAACUCACACAGGGGACAAACCUUAUACAUGCUUCGAGUGUGGAAAGAGCUUCAGUCAGAGUUGAAGCCUUACUGUGCAUCAAAGAACUCACACAGGCGACAAACCUUAUAAAUGCUUGUAGUGUUGAAAGACCUUUCAUCAGAAUGGCUACCUUCAGGCGCAUCAAAGGAUCUGUACAAGGGAAGAGAUUUAUCAAUGCUUUGAAAAGUUUGUUGUUGUUAUGUGACUUCAAGGUGAUUAAGACUUAUGGCGACCCUAUGAAUCAGUGACCUCCAAGAGCAUCUGUCAUGAACCUCCCUGUUAAGAUCUUGUAAGUUCAGGUCUGUGGCUUCCUUGAUGGAGUCAAUCCAUCUCUUGUUUGGCCUUCCUCUUUUUCUACUCCCUUCUGUUUUCCCCAGCAUUAUUGUUUUUUCUAGUGAAUUGAGUUCCAAGGGCCAGAUAGAAAGGUCUGGAGGGCCACAUUUGCCCCGCCCUCAGGGCCAGAUGUUCCCCAUCCCUGGGUUGAAGGCUAACAUCCAGUCCUCACAGCAUGACUAUGUUCUCUGUUGUUUCAAGAGGCAGCUGAGGCCCCGCCCGGGGGAUUGAAAGUACACUAUUUCUAGAAGAGAUGUACAAAUAAGUAUAAAGCAGGCAGGUAUAACUGUCAAUCAACCAAAAAAGGGACAUCCCCUCAUUUCCUCCCCCCCCUCAAGAAAGGUAAUGAAAGGCAAGCAAGGGAUGGUGCUUGCGGGAGGGUGCAGUGUAGCAGGAUAUUGUCGUACCAUCCUUCUGGAAAGUCUGCAUCCUCUGAGCAUGGAAAGAUGGUCUCCCACAGGGAGAAUGAUGGGAUGCCGACAGAGCAGCCAAGUCUAACUGAUGAGGGCUGCAGGCGGGGGGGGAGGAGAGAGAGAGAGAAAUCACUAUGGGGAGGGGGAAUUAAUCCCAGGCAGGGUUUGGGUCCAUCACCUUGGAUAUGGGGCCAAUUGGAAAUACCAAGGCAGUUGGGGGGACACUGCACCAUCCCUGUGCAUUCAUUCAGGAGAGGCUUGGCUCUGAACCGGUACCUUGGCCACUGACCACGACUACUGUGUGAAUUGGGGAUCUUGCCUAAAGGCUCCAGGGCAAGGAUUUCCUGUUUGACUCUUGCUGUCUGUAAUCCUUGGCAAGUUUUCUGGGCUCUGAGCUUCCCUUUGGCUCAGGAUGGUUAACCAGUCUAAGGGGUGGUGGCACUCUACCUUAUACUGCCAUUACAAAUUGGUU